AUCGAGGACAUGCAGUGGCCUCUGGGUGAGCAGGACGUCCCCAGCUCCGUCUGCAGCCUGCCCUGUAAAACCGGCGAGAGGAAGAAGGUGGUGAAGGGCAUGGCGUGCUGCUGGCACUGCGAGCCCUGCGACGGUUACCAAUACCAGUACAACGAGUUCACCUGUAAACUCUGCUCCUACAACACGAGGCCCAACGCCAACCGCACGUCCUGCCAGCCCAUCCCCAUCAUCAAGCUGGAGUGGCACUCGCCCUGGGCGGUGAUUCCAGUUUUCCUGGCGAUGCUCGGCAUCAUUGCUACAUUAUUCGUCAUGGCUACGUUCAUACGGUACAACGACACGCCGAUAGUCCGCGCAUCGGGCCGGGAGCUGAGUUACGUUCUCCUCACCGGGAUAUUUCUGUGUUACAUCAUCACAUUCCUCAUGAUCGCCAAGCCAGAUGUUGGCGUGUGCUCGUUCAGAAGGAUCUUUCUGGGUCUGGGGAUGUGCAUCAGCUACGCCGCCCUCCUCACCAAAACUAACCGCAUCUACCGAAUCUUCGAACAGGGGAAGAAGUCGGUGACGGCACCCAGGCUGAUCAGCCCCACCUCACAGCUGGCGAUCACCUCCAGUCUCAUCUCCGUGCAGCUGCUGGGCGUGUUGAUCUGGUUCGGGGUGGAUCCGCCCAACAUCAUCAUAGACUACGAAGAGCAGAAGACCAUCAACCCAGAUCUGGCUCGAGGCGUGCUGAAGUGUGACAUCACAGAUCUGCAGAUCAUCUGCUCGUUGGGUUACAGUAUCUUACUGAUGGUGACGUGUACUGUUUACGCCAUAAAGACCCGCGGGGUCCCCGAGAACUUUAAUGAGGCCAAGCCCAUCGGCUUCACUAUGUACACCACCUGCAUCGUAUGGUUGGCUUUUAUACCCAUCUUCUUUGGAACAGCACAGUCUGCAGAGAAG